GAAAACGCAGUAAUUACGUCACUAGUUGUUGCGGACUCACGCGACUGUUUUGGCAGGAUGGCUGCAUCUGUAAGUGACAGCACUCAGAGACCGCUGCAGAACGCCAUGAAACUUGUAAAAGUGGCCAUUCAGCUGGAUACUGGCAACAGACACAAGGAGGCAUACUGUGAAUACUUGAGAAGUAUCAGCUACAUCUCUCAUGCUUUGCUUGAAGAUGCCACAUCUAAACAGAUGGAGACGGUGGAAUUGGAGAAAAUGGUGAAACUAGUUGAGCAAUGUUUAGAGAGGAUUAAAUCAUGCAUCAUAAGAAAGCGAGAGUCCCCAAAAUCUGUCAUCUCCUCCACUCCUCUAUCCGCUAUUCCAGCUAUUAAUGUGACAAAUCAUCCCAAAUUGACAGAAACACCUAAUGCAGCUGCAUUGGUUUCUGAGACCCAAAGUAGAGAGCAGCCCACCAGACAUCGCAGAGUCCUCUCUGAGGGAGGGGAGACCGACUCCCCCUUCCUGCCACCUGAAGUCUUCCAGAAGCUUCAGUCAAUGGAAUCAAAAGACAACCAAAAGGAAUUAACGCCUAUUGAAGAAGCAUCACGUCUCAACCAGAAACUUAAGGCUAAUUAUGAGGCUCGGCUGGCAAGACUUACCCCAGGUCAGGCCACACAGAAAACCUCAUUGACUCUCUCACUCCAGAGGCAGAUGAUGGAGAAUCUGAUAAUAGCCAGAGCCAGGCAAGAUGCACUUCAAAGAAAAAUGGAGGAAAGGAGACUCAGGCUGCAGGAAGAAGCCAACAGGAGGUUUGUGACCUGUGGGACCAUGACAGCUGAGGAACAAGAGCAGCGGGUUCUGUAUGCAAGUGUACUUGAAUAUGAGCAAGAUCAUGAAUGGCCAAAAAUUUGGAAAGCUAAUCUGAAAAAGAAUCCAAAUGAUCCAACGCUGGUUUCAGGUCUUAUCUCAUGUCUUCUCAGCUACCCAGACCACCCAGUCAUGAAGUUGCUGAAGAGGCUUCAGUAUCGGGUGUAUAACAGACUCUAUCCCAUAGUGAGCCAGUGUGUUCCUCUGAGCACAGCGCCUGGUCACUCACUACCCUUAAAGCCCUCCCGCAGUGUCCAAAGCCUGCUCCUGUCCGACAGUCCUAUCUCUCCACAGCAGCAGCAGAGCCCGUUCAAAUCUGCUAUGACGCACAGCUUAUCUGACGCCUCCAUCUCUUUUUCCCCAUCCCACGACCUCAGUGCCAACAACACAACGUCUGAGACAGACCUGGAUGAGUCCUCAAAUCUGGUCUCUACAGAUAGGGAGAACUCUUUUGAGGAUCUAGAGAAGUUUCUUACUCAGCUGGACUGGGUUCCUUCUCACAGUGGUGAUGAUACAGACUCUGAUGUGACCUUCGACACAACACACACAGACCUAGAGUCUCGUGUUCAUCAUCUUGAGGAUCGUAUUUUGAAGGAACAUUUGAAGGCCAUCAUCAAAGACAUCCACAAUGCUAUUGAUCGCCUGCUGUCUCUGUGUCUUCUGUCCUUUGAAUGUCUCAACACUGCCAGUUCUAAGGACCAAUGUGUGGCAAGUAUAGAGGAAGUCUUCUUCACCCCUAUUUGGUGCCCUCUGUUGGCACUUUUUAGGAAGGUGUAUCGAGAACGGGAGCUGGCUGUUGAGAGCCACAUGCGUCUUCAUCGUAACGUUUCACCUGGUGAUGUUGGUGUAUCAUCCAAGCUGUUCCCCAGAGACCCAGCUGUGCUGCACGGUUCCUACCCAUACGAGUCAGCGGUGCAGGAGCUGAAGCUUCUGUGUAGAGACUAUUGUCCUCAGAAGAAACUGGAGUGUAUAGUGAGAACUCUACGAAUCAUCUGUGGCUGUGCUGAAGAGUACCGUCUCCUGCAAGAAAAUUAUCCUCCACCCAAAUCAGCAGCAAUAGGUGCUGAUGACCUGUUGCCCAUCUUGACGUUCGUGGCUUUACGCAGUCAAAUGCCUCAGCUGGUGUCUGAAUGUGCUGCGUUGGAAGAAUUCAUUCACGAGGGGUAUCUGAUCGGAGAGGAAGGGUACUGCCUGACGUCAAUGCAGAGCACGCUGACCUACGUUGAGUCAUUGCCCUUGGGUGGGGCUCCGCCCCUGACUGCCAAACCCACCUGACAUAGGGGCCUUAGCCUACGGAAAGAUCUCAUGGUGUUUUGACAAUCCUCAGGAGUUGGUGUGUCGCCGCUGCUCGGCACUGUGUAGUCCCAAAUCAGGCCAGACAUCAGUUCUGUUCAAAUCAUCCCCACCUACUGCUUUGAAGGGACUGGAGAAGGUUAUUCACUGCGUUUGGUUCAUCCGAAUGUGGUUUAAAAAAAAUAUAUAUGAGACUGAAUGGGAUGAAAUUAGCAAGAUGUUAGGAAAGUACUUGUGGAAAGUUUAGUUAAAAUGUUUUUUUUUUUUUCUUGUCCAAAUGAAUUUCCCAGGGAAUUUUACUAUGGAGAUGAAAGACUAAAGCACUACUAGCAUUUGUCAUCCUGUAACACCCCAUUUAUUAAACAAUAUAAAAA